UUCGUCUCAGGGACGAGAGACAUUGGUCAGGACAACGACAUCGACAACGAAGUUGUAUCAGGCUUCCUUAUUGUCACCUGUCUAUCGUGGACGAAGCGCUGUGUAAGCCGCGCCUGGUGAUCCUCUCCCCGCGUCUGGCUGAGCCUCAAUGGCAGCGGUCGAGGUUGUCCCGCCUGGACAGGCUCAGGCUCACUCACAGGCCGCCGCCUCCUGCGCUCAGACGUCGACAUCGACGGACCCUCCGAACUUUCUACUCCAUCCAUUCGACCGAUUCGCACCUUCUGAUACUCGAUCGCCUUCACCUUACAGAGGUCGAAAGAGCCCUCGACGGCCUUCGCAGGGCCGCCUAGCGCCAGACCAACCAAUGUCAACAUCAAUGAUGACGAAGAAGGCGAUGGCGGCUGACCAGCAGGGCGGCGGCAGCGGCGGCCGCGACGCCUCCGAGGGACCGGGUCAAUCAGUGCCAUUUGUUGCCGUCGCCUCAUCUUCUUCUUCAUCAUCACCCGCGCCACCCUCGCCAUUGCCUAAGUCACCUCGCCACCAAAUUCACAGCAAAGAGCAACUCAAGGCAGACGCGGGGUCGUCGCUUGCACCAGCUUUACCCCCGUCUUCAUCUCUUCGCGUCCUGACGCCCGAACAUCAGGACAUCGACGAAGCAGACCGCGUUGCGCCGCUCCUCUCUCCUUCCUCUUCAUCAUCAUUUGGCGGCCCUUCAUCGCCAUCCGGAGGUUUCCAAGUUCUUCCUGGCGAGCGACGCGGCAGCACAGCUUCGUCGCACCGCGUCAGGAGGAAGGCUGUACCAGGAGGCAACAGCACAACCGCCGAAGCGACGAGCCCCCGGUCGGUCGCCGCUUCGCUGCCAGAUGAAGGAGGAGCGCUGGGACUAGCGAGAAGACGUUCUUCUGCUCACUCCCAAUCACGCCCUUCGACUGCUCCUGCCACCAAGGCCCCCUCUGCAGAGAACGGCGCAGCACUCAACGUCAAAGACGCCCCUGCUAGCCCGCGAAGCACACGCUCCGCCAAGAUGUACCCAGACACAACUCUGCAAUCUGUCAGUCCGGACAGAAAGUCAACGAGUGCUUUACCAGUCCCUUCGCCAAGGCAGAGGGCUGCCUCCAUCGAUCGCCCUGCGACGGCGCCAAUCUCGGCGGCCCCUGCGCGACUGGCCAGCAAGGGCAGAGACACAAUCAUGAUCGAUGGUCAAGCUUUCAUUAUCGAUGACGAGGAUGACGAGCAAGUUCGCAAGUCUCGUUUGAGCACUCUGCGAAGUCUUCCGUCACCUGUGCGAACAGCGCCUCGCGCUAUCGACCUGUCAGAGAGAUCGAAAGCUGCAGCCGACGCCGAGCACAAGAGGACGGCCAGCUUGUCAUCAUCGCAGGCACCGGGCUCCAAAAAGCCAGUCUACCAAUGGCACCUCAAGAACGGUGGUGUCGAUCGCAGGCCCGGAACAGCCCCACCUCAGCCCCAUACCCCACCUACGUCCCCGCAACGACAAAAUCAGGUCCUCGCGAGUCCCUCUCGCUCGACGGUCCGAUCUCGCCGGCCUGGGACGGCCAUGAGUGGCAUUGCCGCCAAGUCGACUCGUGCGCUCGGAUUGAAGGGAUCGCAGAGCUUGGACUUUGGUCCGCGCAAGACGAACGCGAAAGGCAAGGAGGUCAAAGAGGCAGGCUCCGAGAGUGGAGCCUACGCUAUUCAGAAGCCAUCGGCUCUCGCCCUGCAGGAGGCUGCGAACGUUCACAUCUACGACGAGGAGUGCGACAAGGUGCGCUUCGGUGACCUUUUCCUUCAACAAAGGACACUCGUCUGCUUCCUCCGCCACUGGUUCUGCCCAAUGUGUCAGGAGUUCGCCAUGUCCAUGAAGCAGAUCGACCCUUUACCUCUCCAGAGAGCCGGCCUCGGCCUCAUUGUCGUGGGUCAGGGCCACCCAGAAGUCAUUGGCGCCUACAAGCGUGUCAUGGGCGUCCCGGAGUGGAUCAAAAUGUUCUCCGAUCCAUCGCGUAAGACGUACCAGAUCCUGGGCAUGAAUCUGAAGACCAACGACCCAGGACCGGCGUGCGCCAAGCCAGACUACAUCACUAUGACGAUGUUCAAGGGCAGUAUGACAGCCAUCAAGAAGAGUCUCUUCGAGAUGCCCAUCCGCAGUCCCGGCGACCUCAAGCUUCUGGGAGGGGAAUUCAUUCUCGGCCCUGGUCUUGAUUGCUCCUUCGUGCAUCGCAUGACGACGACGAGGGGUCACCUUGACCUUCCCCGCAUCCUCACUCAGGCAGGCUGCGACAUGACGCUCAAGACGCCCAGGGCCCUCGACAGCGAGGACGGCUUGCGACCGGAGAGUGUCAAAUCUGCAGGAGCUCGUCGCAGUAAGCGCAGUGCGACGGGUCUACGCAGCGUGAGGUCCAUUGCUCGCAACUUUGAGAACCAGCGACGCGUUAGCAGCGCAAAAGUCGACGGUAGCCUCUCAUCGUCGAAGCGCUCUCAACACGCCACGACUGCCAUACCUGCCGUGCCCAAGCUACCAGCAACCGUCAACAAGGUCGAGGCUCGUGACUUUGCAAAGCCAGCUGCAUCGCCUCAACGUUCGCCACGAAAGGCUCCUAAGCGCUUGUCGUCCGAGUUUCAGGCGUCGAUGCCGACAAAUAAGGUACGAUCGACCCCGUCCGCUACGCCGCGCUCGGAGGCAAAGAGGCUCAGCGAGGAGCGCGCUAUUGAAGCAGACCUCCGUCGCUACCACCGCGAGAAUGGAGACAACGGCGAGAGCAGCGUCGACGAUGGACCUGCAGCAGGCUCGAUGAUCGAUCAUGGUAGCGGCAGCGGCAGCGCAAAGUCGUCGCUCAAGCAAAGCCUCGAGGGCUCUCGCCCCCGCAUGGCUAGCCUUGAUGGCGUUCGACGUCCCACUACCUCCUCUUCUUCCUCAUCGCGCCCAUCCAGCUCAGAAGUCUCUCGCAACGCUGCCGUUCUAGCACGCGGUCCGCAAAACGCGGACGUGCCUCUCCUGCGAUCGAAGCGCUCCUGGCUUUCGACUCCGAUGAUCAGAAAAGCCUCCUCCACGCCCGACCUCAACGCUGAGCUGGAGCACGAGGCUUCGACGACUGAUGCCUCAUUGCCAGCUACGCUAUCUUCCGCGUCAACCUCGUCGAGGCCUCCAUCGGCCUCUUCAUCCGUAUCACAGCAGUCGCGCGGCAGCAAGUUCCGGGCGUUGGCGAGCCACGCCAUGCUGGGAAGUAGGACAACAAGCAACGAUGGGCUGCGCACCGCGGAGACGAUGUCCAUCGACUAUUCCACGCCUCGCCAAUCGGCAGAUCUCCACUCUUUGCACUCUUUGCGCUCCGCAACUGGAGGCACCCGCUCACCCAACCUUGGGCAGAGCGGCGGACCCAGUAGCAGCAGCGCUAGCACCCACUCGCGCAGCUCCAUCCCGCUCAACCUCUUCGAGAAGAGGAUCAUCGGCGGCGCUGGUGCGGGCAGCCUCUUUGGUGGAGCUGCGUCGUCUGCUUCCUCGACGAAGACGACCACACCUCCGGUGACGCCUCGCCUAGGACAAGACGCCAAGCAAUCCCCUGCGCUCGGCAGCAGCGGCAGCGGCUACCGCGGUCCCGGUGGAUGGGGCACCGUCGCUGAUGACAGCGAGUACUCGGCUCCUCGCCUCCACGAGAGGCAGCAGCAGCGAGACGAGGGCGAAGCGGCGGCGGCGGAUGCAGAGACAGCCAAGAGUCGUCGUGCAGCUGCGCAUCUCAGUCGCAUCUCGGAGCGACCAGAGAGGAUGAGCACCUUCACUGCUGCGGAGAGCGAAUACAUUCCCGGAUCCUCGCCACCCCUGCCGCCACUACCGUCCUUGCCCGAGCAAGAGCGACAGCAACGUGAGAUGGAGGAGCGCCAAGAACAGGAGCGCGACCAGCGCGAGAGCUCUGUCCGACCUUCGACAGACAGCCGUAUGACUUCAUCCUCGCUAGGCACUUCAGACUCCGCCUCAUCCAGUGGAGGGAGCUCAACGACCAGCCGGGGAAGCCCACGCUCCAGCGGCGUUGCAGCAGCAGGCGGCUUCGGCGGCGGCUCUUUCCUUGACGACUUGGAUGUUGUCUUUGACGGCUUCGGAACCAAUCGUGGCGGUGCUACUGGUGGUGCUACUGCCGGUUCCGACGUUUUGAAAAACGGCUCAUCGCGCGACCUUGCCUCCUCAGCAGCCGGUCGCGGUCCUGGCAACAGGGACACGUACUACUCGGAAGACUACGAGGGGUAUCGUACCUCGCUGGAUAGCUGGCGUAGCUCCCCCUCCAGCCUCGAUGACGACGAAGAGCAGGCUGCGGAUGAAGACAGUGAUGAUCUGGAGCACGAGCCCGGAUGGACCCGCCCUCCUAGCCUAGCGAACACGGCCAGUUCUGGCGGUCGGACUGGAUCGCGAAGUCAAGGAGCCGGCCCUCGUAGCAAGACGGUGGGCAACGGCAGAUCGGGUAAACAUAGUCACAGCCGCAACGACUCGUCUGCCACGAUGCGUAGCAGCCUCUCGGCCGGAUCCACUGACUAUCGUUCAUCGAUGAUCUCAUCAUCUUCACGCGGCCGUGGAGGAGGAGAGGCGGGCAGCCUUGACUCGGCUGCCUUGCCACGAGCUUCCUAUGACUCGCGUGCCGGCUGGAUGGAUGAGGACGACCUCUCUGACAGUGCUCGCCCAAGUGAAGAGCUAUCGCGCGGUCGCCCUUCUUACGAAGAUGAGUACUACAGCAGCGGGUCUAGCAGUGGAGGAGCGAGCAGUCGAGGCAGCUAUGAGGAGCGCGACCCCCAGUCGGCCAACACAGGACCUACUACUGCGAGUGCUUCGAGCUCCUCUGCCCCAGCAAGCAAAGGCGUAAUCAACAGAGCCUACGUAGCUCGCCGCGCCAUUGCCCAGACUUCCACGCACACCAACGGCAAUACAGCAGCCAAUGGCAACGGGACCGCUUCGCCCACUCCAUCGACCUCGUCUUCUCACAAAGGGCUCGAGCAUGCUGCUCACCGCUUUGGUCAGGGGGACAUGAUCCAAGAGGAGAUGGAGGAGGAGGAGGAGGAAGAAGAAGAAGAAGAAGAUGAGGAUGCCCUGCAGACGCCCAAGGUCAAGACGAGGGAGCUUCCUCGGGAGGAAGCGGGUGGGUGUGAGGCCUGAACGCUGUCUUGCCACUGUAGCUCUUCCCUUUUUCAUCCAUCAUGCUAUUCGACCGUCAUCUGAUCGUCAGCGA